UUUUCAAGAUGGCGUCUAUUUCAAGAAUAUUUACUCGCAUGUUUCAAAGGCGAUCAUUCGCUACAGCGUCUGCCUCUAGUCUUGGCGGAGAAAUGCUAGCCGAAGAAGUACAUGCAGCAGGCACAACCAAAACAUGGAAGCUUAUAUCGCUCUUCGUCGCUGCCCCUGGCAUUGCCUUUUGUAUUUAUAAUGCUGUUUCCCGAGAAAUGGAGCAUAGUGGACAUGAAAGAGCGGACUUCAAAGAAUUCUCUCAUUUGAGGAUAAGAACUAAGCCUUUCCCGUGGGGUGAUGGCAACCACUCAUUAUUCCACAAUCCACAUGCAAAUGCUCUACCUGAGGGCUUUGAAGAAGAAGGACACUGAUAAAUGACUUGAUUAUUUAGACAUAAAUUAUGUCAACUAGAUAUUUACAAAAGCAUUGUUAUCUUGUACAAGUUGAAAAUAAAUUUGUUAUAUUUUAUGAAAA